GGUGCGCGUAGAAUAAUUUUGGUUGAUCAACACCCAGAAGAUUAAAACUUUGACCCUCUCCAGCUAUCAUCGAAUCCCUCCUGCUCUGCCGGCUGCUCAGCCACUUGGAAACAAAAUGGUACCUUCUUGUCAGAGUUUGGUGCUUUUGUUAGCUGUGCUAGUACUGGGAUUAAGCUUACCAUGUUCAGAUGCUAUUCGGAUCAAUAAGGUUAAGACCACGACUAGCGUUUAUCUCUCCCCUAAGUUUGUGUUGGAACCAGGGUCAGUUGCAGACAAGUAUUUUUAUAACAUUCAAUUCCCAAGAGGUCAUAUUGCUAUGAAGUAUUUCAAUGCUGAAGUGGUUGAUGAAGAAGGGAAUCCUGUUCCUCUUCAUGAGACUUAUCUGCAUCAUUGGGUUAUUGAAAGAUAUUACGCCGAGACUAGUUAUGUGGAACCGGUGCUGAGUGGUUUUGAGGAUAUUAAAGAUCCAGAGUUUAAGAUUGUGAGGAAUAGUGGAUUGUGCCAGAAUGAUGCUCUUGGACAGUACUAUGGACUCGGGUCAGAAACACGGAAAACAGACACACAUGUACCGGAUCCUUUUGGAAUAGAGAUUGGCAACCCUGCAGAUAUUCCUGCUGGAUAUGAGGAGAGAUGGAUGCUCAAUGUUCAUGCUAUUGAUACUCGGGGUGCAGUGGAUAAGUUGGGAUGCACUGAAUGCAGGUGUGAUCUGUAUAAUGUGACAAAAGACGGAAAAGGCCAGCCUUUGAGGCCAGGGUACACAGGGGGUUUGUACUGCUGUUAUGAUGGUACACACUGCAGCGUAAAACAAGGCAAUAAUGGUGUCAAGAGAAGCCUCUACUUGAGAUACACUGUGAAGUGGGUUGAUUGGUCUGAUUCUAUUGUGCCUGUCAAGAUUUAUAUCUUUGAUGUCACUGAUAGACCAGAUCAUUCAGCAGGACCCUCUCCUAAACAUGAUUGCCGGGUCGAAUAUAAUGUUGAGCCUUGCAGUACUGUUGAUGCUGUAAAUGAUCGGUGCUUUCACAAUCAACAGGCAGUAAUCACUUUGCCAACUGGUGGUUAUAUCAUCUAUGGUGUAGCGCAUCAGCACACCGGGGGGCUCGGCGCAACUCUAUAUAGAGAGGACGGUCGGGUUCUAUGUUCAUCAAUACCAAUUUAUGGACAAAGCGAGGACGUUGGAGAUGAGGCUGGUUACAUUGUAGGAAUGUCAACUUGCUAUCCACAUCCGGGCUCCAUCAAAAUAAAUGAUGGGGAGACUCUGGUUGUGGGAUCUAAUUACAGCAGCUCACAGCGGCACACAGGAGUCAUGGGCCUCUUCUACAUUUUGGUUGCGGAGCACCUUCUAAAGUCCUCCUUGCUUAGCUUGGACUCUUCACUUUGAGUAAGAUGUUGCUAAACAUUAAGGCACUGAAUCCAAGUCUACAGGAUCAGUUUUUGUACAUAACUAUCAUCUUGUAUAGACAAACUUUGGCUAUUGUCUUUAUAAAGAACACUGUAGUCUACUACUGUACAAAUCUGUGAGGUUGUUUAUCAAAUAUUUGGUAUUUUAGUUGUAAUACAUUGGGAAACAAUUUUCCUCUAUCGAGAUACGAUAUGCUUAAUUAACUAGAAUUAACACG